GAGUGUGCGGAAAGCGCGGCGGGGCUGAGACGCGACCAGGACGCGGGGAGGACGGACCAGCAGGACAUACCGACCGGGGGCCCGGCGGGCGGAGGGCAGCGCAGCCACGUCCCCCCUGGAUCCGCCGGCAGCCGGGCCCGGGGCUUCCGACAUGCCCCCCAGGAGAUUGUGCUGGGCAGACGAUGCUGGACACGAUGGAGGCGCCCGGCCACUCGAGGCAGCUGCUGCUGCAGCUCAACAACCAGCGCACCAAGGGCUUCUUGUGCGACGUGAUCAUCGUGGUGCAGAACGCCCUCUUCCGCGCACACAAGAACGUGCUGGCGGCCAGCAGCGCCUACCUCAAGUCCCUGGUGGUGCAUGACAACCUGCUCAACCUGGACCAUGACAUGGUGAGCCCGGCCGUGUUCCGUCUGGUGCUGGACUUCAUCUACACCGGCCGCCUGGCUGAUGGUGCGGAGGCGGCGGCGGCGGCCGCCGUGGCCCCGGGGGCCGAGCCGAGCCUGGGCGCCGUGCUGGCUGCCGCCAGCUACCUGCAGAUCCCCGACCUCGUGGCGCUGUGCAAGAAACGCCUCAAGCGCCACGGCAAGUACUGCCACCUGCGGGGCGGCGGCGGCGGCGGCGGCGGCUACGCACCCUACGGGAGGCCGGGCCGGGGCCUGCGGGCUGCCACGCCCGUCAUCCAGGCCUGCUACUCGUCCCCGGCCGGGCCUCCGCCGCCGCCCACCGCCGAGGCGCCGUCGGGCCCCGAGGCCGCAGUGAACACGCACUGCGCCGAGCUGUACGCCUCGGGCCCCGGCCCGGCCGCCGCGCUCUGCGCCCCGGAGCGCCGCUGCUCCCCGCUCUGCGGCCUGGACCUGUCCAAGAAAAGCCCGCCGGGCUCCGCGCCUCCCGAGCGGCCGCCGGGCGAGCGCGAGCUGCCCCCGCGCCCAGACAGCCCUCCCAGCGCCGGCCCCGCAGCCUACAAGGAGCCACCGCUCGCCCUGCCGCCCCUGCCGCCGCUGCCCUUCCAGAAGCUGGAGGAGGCCGGACCGCCUCCGGACCCGUUCCGCGGCGGCGGCGGCGGCAGCCCGGGACCCGAGCCCCCCGGCCGCCCCGACGGGCCCAGCCUCCUCUACCGCUGGAUGAAGCACGAGCCAGGCCUGGGAAGCUACGGCGACGAGCUGGGCCGCGAGCGCGGCUCCCCCAGCGAACGAUGCGAGGAGCGAGGCGGGGACCCGGCCGCCUCGCCCGGGGGUCCUCCGCUCGGCCUGGCGCCGCCGCCGCGCUACCCGGGCAGCUUGGACGGGCCUGGCGCGGGCGGCGACGGCGACGACUACAAGAGCAGCAGCGAGGAGACGGGCAGCAGCGAGGACCCCAGCCCGCCCGGCGGCCACCUCGAGGGCUACCCGUGCCCGCACCUGGCCUAUGGCGAGCCCGAGAGCUUCGGCGACAACCUGUACGUGUGCAUCCCGUGCGGAAAGGGCUUCCCCAGCUCGGAGCAGCUGAACGCGCACGUGGAGGCGCACGUGGAGGAGGAGGAGGCGCUGUAUGGCAGGGCCGAGGCGGCUGAGGUGGCUGCAGGGGCCGCCGGCCUCGGGCCCCCUUUUGGAGGCGGUGGGGACAAGGUCGCUGGGGCUCCGGGGGGCCUGGGCGAGCUGCUGCGGCCGUACCGCUGCGCGUCGUGCGACAAGAGCUACAAGGACCCGGCCACGCUGCGGCAGCACGAGAAGACGCACUGGCUGACCCGGCCCUAUCCGUGCACCAUCUGCGGGAAGAAGUUCACGCAGCGCGGGACCAUGACGCGCCACAUGCGCAGCCACCUGGGCCUCAAGCCCUUCGCGUGCGACGCGUGCGGCAUGCGCUUCACGCGCCAGUACCGCCUCACCGAGCACAUGCGCAUCCACUCGGGCGAGAAGCCCUACGAGUGCCAGGUGUGCGGCGGCAAGUUCGCCCAGCAACGCAACCUCAUCAGCCACAUGAAGAUGCACGCCGUGGGUGGCGCGGCCGGUGCGGCCGGGGCGCUGGCGGGGCUGGGGGGGCUCCCCGGCGUCCCCGGCCCCGAUGGCAAGGGCAAGCUCGACUUCCCCGAGGGCGUCUUUGCUGUGGCGCGCCUCACGGCUGAACAGCUGAGCCUGAAGCAGCAGGACAAGGCGGCUGCGGCCGAGCUGCUGGCCCAGACCACGCACUUCCUGCACGACCCCAAGGUGGCGCUCGAGAGCCUCUACCCGUUGGCCAAGUUCACUGCGGAGCUGGGCCUCAGCCCCGACAAGGCGGCCGAGGUGCUGAGCCAGGGAGCGCACCUGGCCGCCGGCCCCGACGGCCGGACCAUCGACCGUUUCUCCCCGACCUAGAGCGGUCUUGCCGCCGCGUGGCCCCGGCCCGCGCCCCUAGGCAGCGGCGGCGGCGGCCACCAGCAGGCAGGCACACUGCGCCGGACGACUGUAGUAGCUGCGGCAGCGUCGCUGCAGGGGCGGCGGCCCCACCUGGCCUCACUGCUUUGUGCCUUAGC